UGCGUCACCCAUUGUAAUCUCCAGUCAACCUCGAAUCUGCCCUACCGGGCGUAUUGCCAGGACCCCCGUUUAGGAACCGAACCCUCCCCGGUCCCGGCCGACUGACACGGACUUUGCAGAUCCACGCAUGGCUGUCCAUCUCUGGAUUCCGCAUGGCACGGGGCGGGCCUCUCUGCCUCCCAACCUCCGGAGACAACAAACAACACCGGCCGGACUUACACCACGCCGUACCAGAUCACUCCCCACUGGAACUCGCUCUAGCCAUCAGCGCCACAAGAGAAAGCGAUCUGCUUCUUCAGAACUCCCAGAAUCACCUGGAUUGAACCCCACAAUGCCUUCCGAAAGUUCAAGACACAGCUCCAGCAGCCCCGGCAAGCAAAGUUCCUCGUCCUCCAAGAAGCCCAAGUCCAGUCCGAGGGAUCUGGAUUGGUCAGAUAUCACGGACCCUGAGGAGCGACGAAGGAUACAGAACCGGAUUGCCCAGCGCAAGUUUCGAGAAAAGGCCCGAGAGACCAAGGAACGGGCAGAGCGAGAUUCUCGGAACCAACAAUAUGCUGGGAACAGCUAUCGAAUCCCCACUCCCAACGACUUCAGCUCCGAGGAACCAGGUCUGCCUUGGGGAAGCGUCAACUUUGGGCAUUUCGUAACGCGAGGCCAGGAGGCCGUGAGUCGACGGAGCAGUGGUCGAGAUACCCACACCGGUGAUGAAGCAUUUGUCUCGGUGCCGUACGGGGCGCCUUACGGCACUCAAUGGGCGCAGACGGCGAGCUACGGCGGAAGCAGCGGUGGUGACGAAAUUUAUUACGAGGACAACUAUUCGUACGACCCGACUGUCGGACAACGCCGGUGAUGGUGAUGGAAGGCCGCAGCAACCCGCCGACUAUUCUGAGCGGAAUGCGGUAGCUAGCUAAGAUGUACGCGGCAAUGUUU